AGCUGCUCAAAUUCUUGGCACUUUAGCUCCACUAAUUUACAGUGUGUAUGCGUGUAAGCACGAGUGGCUUCGAGAAGACGUGUGACAUCUUCAGAGUAAACCUCCUUUUCUACUUCCAUCAGCACAGACACGCAAAGCGCUGGCCACCAUGGCAGGCUAUGCUCCUCCAUCAAUUCCUCCUCCUGGUGCGAAUGGAGCAGGACCUUCAUCUCAAUUAUCACAUUAUGCACCAACAACGACACCUGUGCCCGGACAGCCAUUGCUAAGGAAUGGAAUGAUGUUGGUCUAUCCUCAUGGCUGGAGAGGAUGUCCAAAAUGUCACGAUACAGGAUACAAAUACAACGAUCCUACUCAUCCUUGCAGGAAAUGCUGGCAAAGCUAUGGUCAAACGUUCAAUCCACUUUUGAUCAGUUCAUCUUCCUUGCAAGGUGCAAAAGUUUUGCAGAAACCGUUACCUAUCAUGCAAGGAAAUAUGCCAGGCCAAUUUCCGCCUCCAGGAAGGUUGGAGACGCAUCCUUCUUCUAGCUUCGCAGGUUACCCAGGAGCAAUGUCUCCACAGCCAACAGGAACGAACCCUUUCCUACAACCUCAACAGACGGGCAAUCCAUUCACCCCACAAUCAACAGGCGGCAGCAAUCCCUUUUCUCCACAGCAUACAGGCGGAUCAUUGAUUCACCCUCAUCCAACUGGGAAUGCUUCUUACAACGCCCCUUCUCAUCCUCCUCCCAAUCUCCCGCCACGUCAAGAGCAGCCACAUGAUGACAGACCGCAAGCAUCACGAGAGGAUGAUAUUAAUGAAGAUGGAGAAGCGCCUCCGGCAUACGAAUUGGCAGUAGCCGCUGGACCUGAUGGAGUUUUACCACCUCAAAGGUCCGAAGAACAACAGCAACAAAGGCCUAACAAUAACACUGCACAACAAUCUCAGCAAUAUGCACCGCCUUCUCAUCAACCACCACCACCGCAAGGACAUUAUCCGCAACAUGGACCCCAUCCCGGUCAAGGCUUCUUUUCUCCUCCGCCUACACAUCAGGGUGGUCCUUGGGGAGGUCAUCCACAUGGCGGUCAUCAUCGACCUAUGCUUGUUCCUUACGGACACAUUCCGCCGCCCAAUGCAUUGGUAUUACGACCUGGUGAUCCACGACUAGGAGGGCAGCUGUGCUAUAAAUGUGGCGGAGAAGGCGUUCGCGAGAGCUUUUGGUUUGGCGAUAGGGAGACAUGCUAUGUUUGUGGAGGAACGGGAAGAGUCGGACGAUAAUGAUGCCAAAUAAUCUGAUGAUGGUCAGAUUUUGUAAAUUACAUAUAUAAU